GGUUGCGUGCUCGUUCGUCAAUAGCAGUCAGACAGACCCGGUUACAUAAAAGCAUAGCGACAGCUAUGAACCACCUUGUAUACUUCCAAACGCCCACCAUGGCACCCCAGCCCAUCGCCAUCCCCCAAAAGUCUCCUCGAGUCGUCGCUACGUCGAUUUCUCCUCCUACCCAGACCCUGCACGACAGGCUAAGGCACAGGGAGUCUCAUGCAUCCUUCGGGGUAAUUCGCCAGCCCAAAGUUUUGCAUCCAGUCGACAACGAGGGCUUGAGACUCCUCCUCCUGGAAAAUAUUAGCCAAGAGGCUGUUUCGUAUCUCCGGGCACAGGGGUUCACAGUAGACCAUUAUACCAAAGCAUUGUCAGAGGACGAACUCGUGGAAAAAAUCCCACAUUAUCAUGCUAUUGGCAUCCGCAGCAAGACGAGAAUCACCGAGCGUGUAAUCAAGGCUGCGUCAAAGUUACUUGUCAUUGGCUGCUUCUGCAUCGGUACCAACCAGGUCGACCUCGCCACUGCGGCAAAGGCUGGCAUUCCGGUCUUCAACUCGCCAUUCUCGAAUUCCCGCUCCGUUGCGGAAUUGGUCAUUGCCGAGAUCAUCGCUUUGUCCCGGCAGCUGUUCCAACGUUCGUUUGAACUGCGGGCAGGUAUCUGGAACAAGCAAUCCAAGGGUUGCUGGGAAGUUCGUGGGAAGACCCUUGGGAUUGUGGGCUAUGGCCAUAUUGGUUCUCAGCUGUCUGUCCUUGCAGAGGCCCUUGGGAUGCGUGUCAUCUUCUACGACGUGAUCAAUUUGAUGCCUCUCGGGUCAGCUCGACAGGUCGACCCUCUUCAAGCGCUUCUCGCCGAAGCCGACUUCGUGACACUCCACGUACCGGAACUGCCGGAGACUGUUAACAUGAUCUCGAAAACGGAGCUCGAGCAGAUGAAGGAGGGAUCAUAUCUUAUCAACAACGCGCGCGGGCGCGUGGUGGACAUUCCAGCCUUAAUAGAGGCCCUACAGUCAAAACAUCUCGCAGGUGCUGCACUAGAUGUAUUCCCGGCCGAACCGGCGUCCAAUGGUGCGACUUUCGACGACAGCAUUAAUUCUUGGUCUAGUACUCUCCGCAGCCUCCCGAACGUCAUACUUAGUCCUCACAUCGAAGAGGUUUCCCAAGCGUUGGCACGGUAUCUGAACUAUGGUUCAACCGUAGGAGCUGUCAACUUCCCGGAGCAAGGCGACCACGUCCGUGUUUGUCACGUACACAACAACCAACCCGGUGUGCUGCGGCAGGUCAAUGACAUUUUAUCACCAUACAAUGUGGAGAAGCAGUACUCGGAUUCCAAGGGCGACGUGGCAUACCUCCUCGCUGACAUAGCCGAUGUCAGUCCGACGGACUGUUAAUAAAUUGAGGGAGCAGAUCAGUAAGACUCGCGCAAACAUCCUAACGCGUUUGUUGGCGUAGCGAUAAAGCGCAUGGUUCCCUGUGUAGCGUUAUUUUAUGUAUAUUCAUAGCCUUAACGGCUCAAUCACCACUCAACUGGUUGUACUCCAUUCCUUGACGAGAUUUAUCUUCGCUACGCUUUUUGCAAUAUGAGU